AAAUGUUUAAUCAAUUUAAAUUUUCUAUAAAAGUAUUUAAUUUAACUUAGGGUAGCGAAGCACCCAGGGUAUGCUAGUAGUAUAUAAGAAAAUUAGGAAAUCCUGCUUUACCUUUUACUUCGUAAAACAAUUUUUUUUUACGCUGUACAUACAUUUUUAAAUGUGCAUUCGUUACUUGGUAGAGUAUAAACUUUAAAUUUUAAAUUCAAAAUUUUAAAGCUUACUGAAAAAUUCACAAUUUUCAUAGAUUGUGAUUUUCGGAAAUCGUGAUUUUCCGCUGGAUAUCCAUCCCUAAACCUAUUAAUAACAAUAGUCUACGUAAUAUCGCAAACUGUUCAAUUAAAUGUACAUUUGUUUAUAUUUUCGACAUUUUUGUUAAAAAAAUGUACAAUCAUAUAUGUAUACAUACGUUCAUAUAUACAUCUAUUUUUAGAAUAAAAGGAGUAUAACUUACUAAUAUUUACAAAAAUAAUAGUGUCAAGUAAGAGAAAAUGUUCUCUUAAACUGUUGCUGCACAAAUAAAACAUAUUUGUUUAAUGGUUAAUUUUGUAAUUGUAAUGUGAACACUUAUUUUUCUAUGUGGGUGGACAUCCUGGAAAUUUAUAAUACAUACGUAAAUGUGUAUAUAUGUAUGUAUGUAUGUAGGUGACACUCAUAAUAGUAUCGGUAAUUGAAGUAUAUCUACAUACAUACAUACAUACAUACAUACAUACAUACAUACAUACAUACAUACAUACAAACAUACAUAAAAAUAUACAAUGUAGGCAACAGAAGUUUUGAUGAUUUAAUACAAAUAAAGUAAAUGUUCGUUAUUUUUAUUUCUGUAAUCGGAAUUUCAAAUAUUUUUAGCGCGAAAAGGUACUUUUUUCUCAUCUAGCAGAGCAUGUUUUUAUUACCGCUAUAAUGUAAACAUUUCAAAUGCGCAUGUCACUGUAUUUAUUAUCCUAUUUGCAGAUGAGAGAAAUAUUUUUAACAUUAUCAUGGGGUCUCAAUUAAAGCUUUUCUGUUUUCUAUUUCCAAUAAAAAUAUAAAUAAUCCACAAAUGAGGGCUGUGGUGAAAAAGUGUUCAUAGAGAGAGAGAGAGAGAGAGAGACCAAAAAAGAGAUGUAUUUUUUUAUCUGAAGUAAAGUAAUAACGUUCAGAGAGCCCAAAAUUUAAAACCUAAAACUUUAUUUGAAUGUAUGCCAUCACUGGUCCAUCCAUAGCUUGUUAAUGAUUUUCUCUUAAAUGCAUGGAUGCUUUUAAAUUUCACAAGGAUAUUUAUCUAAAUAUUUAAGAGAUGAUAAGUUAAAAAAGCUAAAUUUAGAUGGCUUUUCUUGCAAGGGAUAACAUCUCUACUAAGCUUAGUCUGUUUUUGUAUACGGGCGUUAAAUGGUCGCAAUUCGGUAAGAAAUCGCAAAGGGAAGUUAAAACCAAUACAAGUGAUUGUGGAAAAUAAGAAGAUAAUAAAAGCAAAAUUAAAAAGUUCUCUAUCCCCUGCAGCAAAUAUAUAAAUAAUUAAAACAACUAAAAAAUUAAAUAAAUGUAUUACUACUACAUUCAUUAAUGCAUACAUAUGUUCAAAAAAGUUAUACAUGUAAAGUUUUUAUCGCAUAAGUGGUUAAAUUGAGGAUUUAUCUUCAUACUUAUACUUCACACAUCUAUAUAAAUGUGUCUAUAUGUACAAAUUAUUUGAAAAUCAGUUUUUGCAUUUAUGUAUAUGUAAAUACAUAUUUAUUUGUUGUUUUGGAAAACAACAAAUUAAGAAAUCAAAUAGUUAAAGCUAUAGUGCCAAUAAAAUAUAAAUAUAUCACCUCUCCCAUUAAACUCUAUAUAUAUAUUUAAUAACAAUAACAACAACAGCAACACAACGACAAAUAAAAAAUAUAUUUAAUAACAACAAUAAAAUAAAGUGUUUUUACAACUAAUAUUUGAAUAAAACAACGCGUUAUAAAUAAGAGCAAAAAUACAAAAAAGUGAAAAAUAGCAAAAUUUAAUAAGAAAAAAUCCAUACAGAAGUUCUCAAACAACGAAAUGUAUUAAAACGACUAAAUAGUUUUUUUUUAUUAAAUUUUAUAAAAAUAUUCAAGUUAACGACAAUUUGUGUGCGUGUGAUUGAAAUUUUUACUUUAUAUUGAUGGAUUUACUCAAAGGAUAAACAAAUUAAAACUAAUUUAUCAUAAUAAUAAAAAUAUUUAAUAAGUAUAAUAAGUUAAAGGAGAAAAAAAAAACAAUUUUAAUUCAAUCAAUUUAGUGCUCAGUGGAUUUGUCAAGGGCCAAAUGGCUCUCAGUUUGUUAUGAUGGAGACAUUUCUUGUCCUGGGUCUAUGUUUUAUACUGUACGAAGCAUUGGAUUUCUUUCAGGGAUGCAUACAUAGUGCAACUCCCUCUGCCAGUGAUCAAAUAGAAGCAUACCGUCGACAAUUGGACGAACAACGACAAAAACAGCAAGAAGAACAAUUUUUGGCAAACUUAACUCCACUUCUGAGUGCUCAACUAGCUGCUGCUGGAUUUAAUCUAUCAACUGCCUCAACACCAACCGCUUCGACGGCAAGUGUUAUAAGUGAUUUGAAAGUUCAAGUUCAAACUGAUUCUGAAAACUAUUCCGUAAGUACACCCGCGUUGAAUUCUGGUGGAACCGGAGGCGUUGGUGGUGAAAGUGGAUUUAGGCCUGCUAAUCUUAGUAUAUUCGAAGCUCAACAAUUAAAUAAUACCUCGUCAUUGCCUAGAGACUAUUACUAUUUGCAACAACAACAGUUGAAAAACAAGAAUUCGUCUAAAUCGUUACUGUCGAAAUUUUCGACAUCUGGUUCUGAUAAUCGCAUUUUUCCGGAAACUCCUAGUAUUUUGGGGAACCCUGCGGGUGUUAUAACAACACAACCUCUGUUACAACACCAACUAAACUCAUUUGAUUCGCCAACUCCCAUCAGCACUGAGCCCGCAGCAAGUACUAUACAUACUCACGAUUUGAAGAGGGCCCAUUUGAAAAAUCAAUACAAUAACAACGACGAUCCCAACAUUCUCUCUCGUCACAACUCACAGACAACAUUGUCAUCUCACGAAGCUUCCUCUUCCGGAGAAGAGGACGACUCUGAAGCAUCUUCUACACAAGGUGAAGCAUCCCUCGAUUCUUGUCCGUACAACUCUGAUCACGAUAUCAACGAAGAUCGUACGUUCACAGUGGGUUCGUGUUCAUCAUCGCAUGCCGAUUUUCGAGAAAUUGAAUGUGAACGACUGCGCCGCCAAUGUGUGAGCGUUAAACGCAUUUAUAGCAUAUCGGAGAAAUUUUAGAAAAAUUAAAAUAUCUAAAAUUCAAAAAUAAAAAAAAACAAUUAAAAAUGUUUGCAAAAACAUUAUUGGUUAUAGAUUUGCUGAAAAAUUAUUAUUAACAAAAAAGGUAUUAUCAAGUGAAAACUAAAAUUUCUAAAAAAAAAAAUCACAGAAAACCGUAAGAAAAAGCACACACACCUCUUUCGAAUCAAUCUUCAUAAUUGCAAUUGCACAUUUAUAUAAAUUUAAAAGAAAUCACGCAUAUUCAAGCAUUUCACGCAUAAUUUUUCGUAAGUAAAUUCACAUUCACAAUACUUUUUAUCACAUCAUGAUCGAUUCACUUCACUUCUUCAUCACUGCCAAGCAAAAACGUAUUUUUUUCACCGCUCUAAAAAUUUUCCUUGAUUAUUUUUAUGAUGAUUCACAAAAUAUUUUAAGUCUAGCGAUGACUGUUCGUGAGCUGGACCAAAUUAAAAAAGGUAUUUUGGAAUUAGUUAUUUUUUAAUUUUUUUUGUUUUGAAACAAAAUAUCCAAUAUGAGUUAUCGUUUGAAAGGGAUUUUAAAUUCGCGUCAAAUGAUGUAUUAAUCAUAAAUAACCGUCUGCUCAUAAUUGCCAUAUUCCAAAAUAUUUAAAAUUUUUAGGUUUUUCACUAAUAAAAAUAAAUUGUAUGCAGAAUUUUGCAAACUUUGCUUACCACUUGACUGGGCUUCAAAAACCUUUUUAAGUUUUAAGUCUUUAUUAAAAUGUCCAU